AUGGCAGUUCAGAAGGUUCUCCAGGUGGAUCUGAAAAUGGAGAGCUUCCCGGAGCCUCUGGGCAGUCGGAGGUUGGCCUGGCAGGUGGAAUACCCCUCAAGCCGCAGCAGCACUCAGGAGGUGGAGACUGCGAUCGCACUGGCGCAGGAGGAGCUGGCGGGCAUCGUGCCUUUAGCUAUGGACUCCGAGAUCCUGAACACGGCCGUCCUAACGGGGAAAACGGUGGCUGUGCCGCUCAAAGUGGUGACUGUGGGUCUGGACGCCUCCAUCAGCGACGUGUCGGAGAAGGUCAUGUGUGCAUCCACCGAUGAAGACGUGGUGAAGGUGUCAGACCGAUGUGACUACGUCUUUGUCAAUGGGAAGGAGAUGAAGGGCAGAGUGAGGAUGAUGGUGAACUUCACCUAUGGAUAUUUGAGUGCUCAGCUUGAGCUCCGUGUGUGGAUCCCUCGACUGCCCCUACAGAUGGAGGUCUCUGACACAGAGCUGAGUCAGAUCAAAGGCUGGAGGGUACCUAUUACAGCCAACACUCAGAGGGCUACACGGGACAGUGAGGAUGAGGAGGAUGAAGAGAGGCGUGGUCGCAGCUGCACCUUACAGUACCAGCACGCUCUGGUUCGGAUCCUCACUCACUUUGUGGCGGAGUCAGAGGCGCGGGGCCAGAGCAGCUUCAUGCUGGGCACUGACUGGCAGAUGGACAUCACUGAGCUGGUGUGGGACUUCCUCAAAGUGGAGGACGAGCACAUAGUGCAGCUCAUCAACAGGAGGACUCUGGUGGGACGAGGACCCGGCAUGACCUCUAUACAGGUGCUCUCCCCUCUGUCCGACUCCAUCCUGGCAGAGAAGACCAUCACGGUGGUGGAGGAGAAAGUGACCAUCACAGAGUUAGGGGUUCAGCUGGUGAGUGGACUCAGCAUGGACCUCCAGCUGAGCACCGGGAGUAACCGCGCUGUACUCGCCACGACCACCACACAAGAAGUGCUCAGCAGUCCAAAACAGGAGGCUCUGAUCAGUGCCUGGCUGCAGUUUAGCGAUGGCACCGUGGUUCCGCUGGAUCUCUACAACAGAGACUACUUCAUCCUUAGCGCCAUGUCUCUGGAUGAAGAGGUGAUCACAGUGCACCAAGACCCCUCCUGGAAGUGGCCCAUGAUCGUGACUGAAUCCGAAGGCCAGGGACUGCUUAUCCGGGUGGAAAUGACCGUUUGUGAGAUGUGCCAGAAAUAUAAACGACGGAGCGUUUUGGCCGCCGGCAACGGUAACAUACGGGUCCAGUUUGGGCGCGAUGAUAGGAGCAGCGAUUAUGACGACAUGGAGGCGAGAGGGAGGCCUUCCCAGGAUCGGACCGAUACUGGCACACUGUACUACAGCAGCUCCAUCUCCGAAAUGGAAGACGGAGUGCUUCGCAGGGCCACCACCACAAGAAGUGCAAUAAUGCGCAGACCAAACGGGGAUAAACUUUCCGACGACAGCAACCAGGCGGAUUUCACGGACUUUCCUGCUCAAGUCGACCUCCCGCGAGGACGCAACAUGGAGGACGACUUAAUCACAGCACGUGGACUGACAGACUUGGAGAUAGGAAUGUACGCGCUCUUAGGGGUCUUCUGUCUCGCGAUUCUGGUGUUUCUAAUCAACUGCAUAUCGUACACCCUGAAAUAUCGCCACAAAGAACUUUCGAUCGAAGGCCAAGAGACUAUGAACCACUCUCAUGACUGGGUGUGGCUCGGUAAUGACGCUGAGCUGCUAGAAAGCCAGAUCAGCCUGUCGCCACAGCAAGAAGAGCAGACUUCCAUGAUAGACUGCAGCAGUGGCCUUGAGGAAGGGAGUCACUUGCUCAAUGGAGGUACGGUGCAGAAAAACGUCCAGGGGCAAGUUCACCGGACGUGCGACGCAAGCGGGAAGGACAAAGGAGACUCGCCGACUAGCAAAAGGAAGAGAGUGAAAUUCACCACUUUUACCACUAUUCCAACAGAGAGUAACUACCCCACUGUAAACACACUGAGCAGCAGCCACAGCCAAGACAUUACGUGGGUGUGCCAGGACGUGGAGCUAGAGGGCGCCAAGGAGUUGCGCAAUUAUAUGGAGAGGCUAAACGACAGUGCGCUGAUGAAAGACGUGGUGUGA